AUGGCUUCUAAGCGCAAAGCCGACGACUUCAUAUAUACCUUAUCUGAUAACGAGGAGCUUCCCAAUGAAGAAGAUGUCAUACUCGAGCCGAACCCACCAAAGAAAAAGUCCAAGAAAAACAAGCGACCUACUCAAUUAGACGAUGACGAAAAUGGUGUCUGGGGCAAGAAAGAUGAGGAUGAUGGGGCAAUGGACUCUGAAUUCGAAUUCGCAGAGGAUGUUACCACAGAUUUUAGGACGGAGGAUUUUGAAGGUUGGGGUUUUGAUGGUGCGAAAAAGGGUAUGAACGGAAACGUAACAAAGAGACUCGUUGACGUGGACGAGAUCGUGCGAAGGAGAAGGGGUACUCAAGAGGAUAACGAAGUAAACAAAAACAAGAAGGAAAUCGCGGAUGACGUUAGUAGCCAAGAAGAAGACGAAGAUAUCGAACUUGACGAUCAGGACGACGAAGUUUUAGCUGAAGAUGGAUUUGGUAUGGGUGCUGCUUCAGACGAAGAAUCAGGCGAUGAUAGGGCAGAAGAUAAUUCUGAUCAUGACGAAAAUGACGAGGAUGAUGCUUCAGAUAACGAUUCUGUCGCUACCCCCGUUGAUCACCCUGAUGACGAAGAAGAAUCCGACGAAACGGACGAUGAGGAAGAUUCCGAAGAAGCAGCUAAGAGAGCGGCCUUCUUUGCACCUGAAGAGAAAAAGACAGCUGGGAAACACAAUGGAAAGUCUUCGUUCCAAACCAUGUCCCUUUCACGACCGAUUUUGCGCGGUCUUAAUUCUGUCGGCUUUAACGAACCCACUCCAAUCCAAGCGAAAACAAUACCACUCGCGCUGGAAGGAAAGGAUCUGGUUGGCGGUGCAGUUACAGGCUCUGGAAAAACUGCUGCUUUCGUUGUUCCCAUCUUAGAAAGGCUGCUGUACCGACCAAAUAAAAUCCCCACGAGCCGCGUGGUUAUCUUAACUCCUACCCGAGAACUCGCUAUACAGUGUCACGCAGUCGCAACCAAGCUCGCUGGUCAUACGGAUAUCAAGUUCUGUCUAGCAGUCGGUGGUUUGAGUUUGAAAGUUCAGGAAGCAGAACUACGCCUAAGACCUGACGUUAUCGUUGCCACUCCGGGUAGAUUUAUCGAUCAUAUGCGUAACUCGGCUAGCUUUUCGACGGAUACGGUUGAAAUUCUGGUUCUAGAUGAGGCCGACCGAAUGCUUGAGGAUGGGUUUGCAGACGAACUGAACGAGAUCCUUACAACCCUACCCAAGUCACGGCAGACAAUGCUCUUCUCCGCUACCAUGACUUCAUCCGUUGACCGACUUAUCCGCGCUGGUUUAAACAAACCAGUACGAGUAAUGGUAGAUUCUCAAAGGAAAACGAACGACAAGCUAGAACAAAAGUUUGUCAGGUUAAGACCAGGCCGGGAAGAUAAGAGAAUGGGUUAUCUCAUUCAUAUCUGUAAAACUAUGCAUACUGAGCGUGUUAUCAUAUUCUUCAGACAAAAGAAGGAAGCGCAUCGUGCUCGGAUCAUUUUUGCCUUAUUUAACCUGUCCUGCGCCGAACUACACGGAAGUAUGAAUCAAGCACAGCGUAUUUCUAGUGUCGAAUCCUUCCGAGAUGGUAAAGUGUCUUUUCUGCUGGCCACUGAUCUGGCUUCUCGAGGUCUUGAUAUUAAAGGCGUGGAUACCGUUAUCAACUACGAAGGCCCACAGACACACGAGAUAUACGUACACCGUGUAGGGCGUACUGCACGAGCUGGGCGUUCGGGUGUUGCCAUCACACUAGCCGCAGAACCUGACCGGAAAGUCGUAAAAGCAGCGGUUAGAUCUGGGAAGGCUCAAGGAGCCAAGAUCAGUAGUUUGAUCAUUGAUCCCGCCGAUGCUGAUAAAUGGCAAGACAAGAUCGACGAGAUGGCCGAUGAGAUCGAGUUAAUUGCUCAAGAAGAGAAGGAAGAGAAGCAGCUGGCACAAGCAGAGAUGCAAAUCAAGAAGGGAGAGAAUAUGGUUAUUCACGAGGAUGAAAUCAAGUCUCGACCGAAGCGAACAUGGUUCGAAACGCAACAUGAGAAGAAGAAGGCCAAGGAGGCCGGAAGGGCUGAGCUGAAUGGGCUAAUCGAGUCGUUAAAGAAAAAGGGGAACGGCAAGUUAAGCAACAAGGAUAGGAAGAAACUAGACGCAAGGUCGACAAGGACGGAGGGUAUGUGGAAGAAGGGCUCUGCCGAGAGGGCAGGUAAAGGUGCCGUUCUUAAUUUCAAAAAUGAUAAGAAGAAGAAGAAGGAGGCCAGAACGUCUGGGAAGACACAAAAGAGAUAG